AUGUCUCCUCCUUUUCAGUUUUUUUCUAAGUCUGUGUGUGUGGUCUUUAUUGACCCGGUCCCUGCAGCUGCACCUUUUUUCCUUUUUUACUGUCCUUUCUAUCUGCCUCCUUUUCUUUCCCCAGGUCCCUCGAGCGCCGUAUUUAUUAAAUUUAGCACAAAGGAGAAAAAGCGUGCCGUCAAUAUCAGCAAAAACAUCAGGCGCUUCUCUCUUGUGGGCGAUUGUCGGUCUCAGGAUGAAGUAAACUGUCCCUCUUUCAUUUAUCAGACACGCUCUGUUUAUGUACGAGCCGAGUGUAACGUGAAGAACCAAACAUUAGGAUUGAAAGAUGAGGUGUGA